GCGGCCCAGAGGAGGCGGCACGGCCGCAGCAGAGCCGGGGCUCAGGGGCACAGCGAGGCUCGGCCGGCGGAGCGGCGGCAUGCGGCGGUGUCGGGGCGCGGGGCUGGCGGCGCUGGCCGCGCUGCUGCUCGUGGCUGCGGUCAGAGCCCAAUUGCAGCAGGAGCCAUUCCUGGAGAUCCUUGAGGGCACCAGCAUCAGCAUCAAGUGCUCACACCCCAAUAUUCGAACUGGCGAUUUCAUCCACUUCUACCGUCACCUGCCGGGCCGAGCACCCGAAUAUUUGUCCGUGACUGCUAAAGCGUCCAAGGAAGUGCGAGCUCCUGAAGGGCGUCUGACGGUGUCGGCAGAUCGGCGUUCGAGCGCGCUGUGGCUCGCUGGGCCCCGGCGCGGGGACGCGGCCGUGUAUUACUGCGCGCUGGGGGCCCGGCCAGAGCAGCCGGGGCUGCGGCCGGGCACGAACCGCCGCGGGCGGGGCCAGCAGGGGGCGCUGCCGCUCCGCCCGCCGCCCUCCCGGGCCGCCGCUCCGCAGCUCCUUCCCCUGCCCCGAGCCCGCCCCACCGACAGCGCACAGCCCCGCACGGCCCCCAGCCCGCCCGCAACCUGCGCUCACACAGUCCCCCCACACAGCCCGGCCUCCCCUCGCUCCCGAGCCCGACUCUGCCUCACACCGAACUGCUGCGGGCUGCGCCUCUGCCAGCGCCUCUCGCUCUCCGGCCACGGCUGCUGCUGCUGCUCUCAGCCGGCUUUGCAAAGCACAGAGCUGCUCCUUGAGAGCACCAGGGCUGGGAGCUGACCAAGGAGCUGCACUGGCAGGCACGCAGGGCCUAAUUCAUGGAGUUUUGUCGCAUCAGUAGGUCAAGGGGUGAGAGGGGUUUGCAAUGAGGUUUUACGAGGCGACAGAGGAAACUCCAUCUCUAUCUCUGCAGAAUUGUCCCUAUUCCAUCCUGCAAAGUCAAUAGAAGCAGCAUUGUCUCAGGGAUGGGUAGCACAGGUGUACUUUCAAUCCCACCCGAGUUUGGAAUUCACUUCUCUCCAUUUUCUUCUCUUUCUCCGAUUUCCCCAAACACCUAUGGUUGUGCAUUCAGCAUCUUCCUGAAACAGUAGAACAUCUGGGAGGGAAAACAAUAAAUGUGUGGGAGUAGAGGAGCAUUUCA